CUUAGCGUAUUUCCUUGUCCACGCUACGUGCUGUUGUACGGAGUAUUAGCAAGCCGUUUAUCUCUUCGUGUGCACAUAAAAGCUUUCAAAGGCAUCGCUGUUUCCUUUGAUUCGAAGACAUUUAGCAAAAUAUCCGAGCCUCAUCAGUCCAGGUUUUGGCCGAUCCGGAUAUCAUCUCUUCCUGCCAGUGCACGGCUACCAAAACAGGAGCCUGCGAACUGCGCUCACCGACUCUGCUGAAUGAAGCAUAGACUUUGUGAGGCGGGUGCUAUAUAGGUUGGCGUAGAGCCAGAAUUGGAAUCCGGCGUGGACCUAUUUCCAUAGGUAUUUCCAUAGGAAUCCGUUCUGAUCUUUCAAUUUUCAAGGAAAUGCCGAAACAGAGUCGAGGCUUUUGGACUUGCACACUCUGUGGUUUGACCUUUGAUCGUUUUCAAGACGCCGAAUAUCACGAAAUUGAGGAGUGUUCACAAAGACCGCCGCCGCCUCGCUAUCCUCCUCCUGGCGCCAUGCCUCCAUACGAGACAGACCCACGAACUGAUAGCAUGCCAUCGGCAUCGCAUUACCAUAGCCAAAUGGAUUAUGGGCCGAGAAAAUCAAGAAGGGUUAGUUUAUUAGGACCUCAGGAGCGGGCGAAUUUGUCCGAGUUGGACGCCGUGGCCUUACAGCAGGUCGAACUUUUCGAAGCCGGUGACAUGUAUGCUGCAGAUUCGUCGGGGAAUCGAACGUCGCCGGGACAAAUAGGGGUACGCUGUCUUCAUUGCUUGAAUGGGCCAGCCGCUGACAGUUUUAUGUUUCCGGCGGAUUUGGUGCUUGUGGGAGAUUUAGUACGAGGACUUGUCCGGAAUCAUGUCUGUCGAUGUGAUCUUGCACCGGGAGACCUCAAAGGGUUUUUGAAGCGAACUGUAGAGCGGGAGCCUCCACACGAGAGGGACAGGAACCGAAAGAUUCUAACAGACUUUUGCGCAAGAAGGUGUCACCAGUUUGGUAUCCUGAAUAGGUUUCCUGGUAAUACCGGUAUUCAUUUCCGAGAAGCUGAAGGUUCUCAGCAAUAUCCUCAGAUGGGAGGAUCUGAACGAUAUGCGAACGAAACAGGGCCAUCCUAUGGUAUCUCUUAUCCAAUGCACCCUAACCAAAUGAGCAGUAAUAGGAAUCGAAGUCCAAUACUGAUAGAAGGCCAACCACCCUCGAUGUCUCCACAUCAUGCGUCGCCUCCUACUCAUGAAUCUCCGAUGCCAAUGCCCCGCAAUUCGCGUCCUAGCCCUUACUCUGGUCGAAAUCCUGAAGGCUUCGGACCUUCGGGGUUUCGCCCGAAUUACGAUGUGCCGGCUAACUUUCCAUUUGCAGAAGAACCUAAUGGGGAAUGGGUGUGUAAAUAUUGUAGUCACAUUCCGCCAGAAUAUCGAGAUCCCCACUACCGAUGGGCCGCCAACAAGGGUCCACCUCCAGGGACAUUGAUUGAUCACCAUUUUAGUCUAUGUCGAGCCUAUCAACAGAGUCUCCAUCCUAUUCCAUCAUAUGGUUACGGAUCAAAGCCUGAGUUUCCUUCGCCCUACCCAGGGUCAUCUCCGCCUCCAGCUGUAUUUGACACCACCCAAAGGCGCUCUUCGAUAAAUUCAUAUCAGCACUCGGCGUCAGCUUCUAUGGGAGGCUUUCAACAAUUUGAUCCCCGGGAUACCACCGUUGAAGCUCAUCCAGGCCCCGGCCCUGUUCAAGCUUCGUCGAUGUUACAGACGGAAUUGGAUCAUCACGAGGCAUCUCGUCGAACACAGGCUGCUGAUUAUCUCGCUAGGAAGGACAAAAGUAUUUAUUCACCAGACGGCGAUCCACUUCCAGAGAACAAAAGGCUUGUUCUCGACGAGGACAAGUUGCUGCUUACCACCUACUUCUUCUAUCUAAUGAAGCAACUUCGACUGGUAAGGUUUUCCGAAGCUGAUCGAAAGACGCGAGGAGGGAAACGUGAAAACAUUCAAGUGGGGUACGGGGGUUUACAAUGCGUUCAUUGUGUCGAAAUGCCGAAUUCGCGUAAAUUCUUUUGGAGCAACGUCGACAGACUCGCAAAUAGCUUCGCUGAGAUUCCUGGUCAUAUUUUGAAAUGCCGCCAGUGCCCACAGCCAGUCAAAGAUGCUUUGAAUGAUUUGAAAGCGCUUCAUGCUUCUGAAAUGACACAGCUUCCACGCGGUUCUCAAAAAGUUUUCUUCAGACGGAUGUGGAGACGGCUCCACGAACAGGAUGAUAGGAACGAAGUAAGAGAAGCCACUCCUUCUACACCCCCUUCGCAUGCCGAAGCAAAUAAACCGAGGGCUGACGAGGAGACAUUGUCCCUAGAAAAGAAAGACUCAGCCACCGAUGGCUCUCCCGCUGUUACGGUUGGGAGUGGCGAAUCUAUCUUUUUGCCGGAACGGUCUACAGACGACGCUGCGAAAGCACUUGCCGAGUGGACCAUUCAAGCGGGCCCGCCAUCACCUUCGUCGCGAGUUUUAUUAGCGAUACCGGAGGAUAAGGAAUGGUUGUCUGAUACAGAUUGCUUCAUUCGCAGGCAAAUUGAAGUUUUUUGCGCAACAUAUGAAGACGUCCAAAUCGCCCUCGAAGAUCGGAAGUAUCCCAUUCAAGAAGGCCAAGUGGGCAUUCGCUGUAUCCAUUGUGCUAUGGCCAAGGACGGUGCAAACAAGGAAGCCGUUUCAUACCCAUUUUCGAUUAGCGGAAUAUAUGAAUCUGUGAGAGAAUUUCAGCGUUUGCAUCUCGAGACUUGCCGAAACUUGCCUUCCGGGGUACAAAAGAAAUUGUCUAGUUUGAAGGGCGCAGCUUCACUGAGCUCCGUGCUUCGAAAGUAUUACGUUCUGGCUGCAAAAGCCCUUGGCCUCAAGGACACGGAGAAAGGAGUCCGCGCGGGUGGCGAAACCGUCCAGGUUGGCGCCCAGGCUGCCUUUGUUUUCUCUGAAUCUACUCCAAAAGCAUCUGAAGAUGUUGGAAAAGAUUUGGAUGGUGAAAUGGCUGCGCAAUCGUCUCCGGAAACUUCCCGUAAGAGAAUUCUCAACAAUGAGGAUACAGAUAGAGAAGAGCCGAAGAAGGCUGUGAAGCUAUUUUCUUCCGAAAGAUCUUCUUGAAAGUAUUUUUUCAAUUUCUGAGAAUUUGAUAUCUAUGAUCUGCUGAGUAUUUCUCAUGGCUCUAUUACGAAACGAUGUUGUGUGCGAGCCACAUAUAUUUCAACAUCUAAAUCUUCCAAAAUUCAUACUUCUGAAAGCCUAAUGUCUAAUAGCCAUUGUUUUCAUUCUCU